AUGACAAGCCAAAAUACGGAGUACCAAUCCAAUGAAUUAGAGGAUUUUGAAGCUUUUUUGGAGACAAACUUUGAACCUCAACAAUUUGCGAACGAAUUACUUCUAGCAACCAAUGGACAAGAAAACCCACAUUUAGACUUAGUAACGCCAAUAAAGAAAUUGAAGUUUGACAUUCAAGAGUGUGAUAAAAGAAUUGAAAAGAUAUCAUCUUCAAAUUACUCAUCUUUGAUAUCAAACUUCCAGAAAAUCACCGAGUAUCAAAAGAUUUUGACAUCACAGGUAAACCCCAGCCUCGAAAGAAUCAAUGUACCUUUUAAACGAAUCAAGCAAGAAGUUGUCGAGCCGUUUGACGAGGCAAUGAAACUAAAUAAAGCAUUGAAGAGAAUCCAUCUAACAUUAGAGUUGUUGCGGACCACAAGCUUUUUUGUUUUCAUUAUUCAACAAAUAGAAGAAUUGACAAGUGUUCUGAACGAAAGAGAUUUGGUGAGGUUGGCUAAACUACAUAUCCAAAUCAAUAAAAUGUAUCAGGAUGCGACCAACGAAAAAGGUGCUGAGAUAAAUGUAUUAUCAGUUAAAUUGAUUCGUGAUUAUCAGUCCAUUGCCAUAUCAAAGAAAUCAAGUAUGCUCUCCCAGUGCAUUGAUGUCGUUAGCGGUGAUUUCAGACACCCUUCAACCCUUGAACGCAAGAACCUGAAAUUACAUUCCCAUUUAUCUGCCUUGUAUUUAUUGAAUAGAGAUGAGUUUUUCAAUGUUUUUGAUCGUUCAACUAUCACUAGAAAAGUGCAAUCUGCUUCAGCUCAACUAUCACGAGCAUUGCAAUCACCAAGAAAUUUUACCGCAAUCAUUACAGAAGUUAAAGAAGAAUCAAGUGAGUAUUUUACUAAAUUGAGUGACAUCUUGAGUGAUUGGAAAUCUGAAAAUGAUGAUGAUAAAGGGACUUUUCUAGAAAUCGUUUUGAAUUAUUACAAACUGCAAUCAUUAACUGAGUUGUUUUGGUCAAAAUUAAAUCAGAAAUUUAAGAAAAGCAUAGUAGCAGCAAUGGCCAGGGGAGGACCAAUUGCGAAAAAUUUGAAGAUUUACUAUUCUGGUCUAAAAGCAUCAGUGCUGGAGACAUUCAAGUCAGAAGAAGAGAGAAGCAUGUUACUAGAUUCAUUGUCAAUGAUAGAGUAUAAGUAA